AUGACCAACGGUAUGGCCCAGUUGAUGACGACUGCGAGUUCCGAGGGCGACGGUGCGGUGCCAGCAGCCAUCCUGCCUCAGCUCCAGAGCCCGCUUCUCCGACUACCCGGGGAGAUACGCAACAAGAUCUACGAGUACGCAUUGGAUGACUCAAAACCGCUGGAGGUGAUUGGCUAUCUUCAUUAUGCACCCUAUAAGGCCCACGCAACACGAUUACAUCAGUUCAAUGAACUCCAGCAUACUUGUCGGCAGCUUCGCACAGAAACUGGUUAUAUGGGAUAUUCGCGGGCCAAGACAUCCUUUGACUCCAACUCUCUGGCCCGCUGGCAAGUCCCUCAGGAUCCUGGGACUCGGCGAGUUAUGUGUUACGAGAACGAGAAGCAUGAUGAGCAUUUACACUACUUCAUCGCUCUGUGUCCAAUUCGUCACUACACUGGUCUAUGCGAGGAUGACCCGCAGCUCGAAGUACACAUCUUCACACAAGCCCUACGAAAAGAUCUUGGAUGUCGCGGUCUGCUCGUCCGUGGGGCUGCGCUACAGCUUAUUCUGCGAGGAAAAAAGCUGCCUUUUCGGGUUGAUGCAGGUAUCGCAAGCGAUAUUGAAAACAUGGCGGUUAUCUUGAACCCGUACGGACGAUGGAGUUUCCAUGCAGAACCCAAAUUACUGCAAGAGAACAUCAGAAUCUACCCUAUGGAGGAGUAUGACGAAGCUGAAGUAAGGUACUCCUACCUCCGAAACAAGAAGGGGUUUGAGGACUGGGUUGCGCAGAUCAGGGAGUGGUACAAGAACGGUAUCUGA